AUGUCGCGAAACAUCUGCGUCAGUACAGCCGAGGGCAACACCGGCUUCCUCAUCGCAAAACUCCUCCUAACCGACCCCAAGUUCAGAAAGAACGUUGAUCGAGUUACAGCGUUGGCCAUAAACACACAAUCCCCAUAUGUGCAGGAGCUCGAAAAACUCGGCGCAGUGGUCGCUCAACACAGACCCGGUCGUGUCAGCGAUACUACUCAAGCUCUGCGAUAUACAGAAGCGGAUACGCUAAUGCUCAUCCCGCCAGCACACGUAGACAAGAUUGACAUUACUUUGGAGAUCCUGGAAGCUGCUAAGAGGGUCAACAUUGGUAGUGUUUGUCUGCUCAGUGCAGCGGGUUGCGAUAUGGCGGAUAGAGAUGCGCAGCCGAGAUUGAGGGAGUUCAUUGAGUUGGAAGUGGCGCUGAUGAAGAUGAAGGGUGAUCCAAGUACCCGAACGGGAUAUUCCAACUGUAUUAUCAGACCAGGUUUCUAUGCAGAGAAUCUUCUGCUGUAUACACCCCAAGCUCAAGCUGAAGGGCUACUUCCCAUUCCCAUUGGGAGGGAUCAUCAAUUCCCUCCCAUUGCUCUAAAAGAUGUUGCCGAGUUGGCUGCUCAUGUCCUUACCAGCAAAGGCAAACAUGGCUUUAGCGAUAGGCAUCGCGGCCAACUCAUGACCAUGACGGGACCCAUGUUAGUCACUGGUGAUGAAUUAGCUGAGAUAGCUAGCAAGACACUUGGUGUCAAGUUAGUCUUCGAUGAUGUUUCAGGCAACGAGGCCCGCCGUCUUCUCCGCUUUCAGACUACCCAUGACGAAGCCGAAAGACAGUAUCUGCUCGAAUAUUACUCUCUCGUUCGCGAAGGGAAGACCAACUACAUCUCCACUAAUUGCUUUCAUGAUGUUACGGGCUCGCAUCCAAUUGAGCCGCCCCAAUUUUUCGACAUUUACAAAGAUCAGUUCAUGCCGAAGAUGGCUUUGCAGAAGGUUGAAUCUGACGGUGCAUAA